UCAGGUUACAACAGUUGUCGUUGGCGUGUCGUCGGUUUCAGAGGUUUUUUGAAAAACUCGGCUUUCGAAAAACUCAAUAUCCGCUCUAAGUCGCAGUUGAAAGUGAUUAGUACAUAAAAAAAAAACAAUCUAGCGCGCGUGAAAAAUUGUAUUAAUUUAUUUGUGUUUUUAGUGUGAGAUUUAACCAACAAGCUAACCCUUGGCUGCACUUUUGCCCUGCACCUUCCUCUCUCUCUCUCUGCAAAAGCAACGAAAAUUUGAAAAAUAAAUCUCACGCGUCGAAAUGUCGCCGGCUGACGAUAAUUCCUUUGCCACAACCCAAAGCAGCAAAAAGGCCACCUACACGCUGAUAUGCAUCAAGAUUGUGGAGCUGUGCCUUUUAAUAUGCUGCCUGGGCCUGGUCGAUGAGCCGGCCACCAAUUCUCAUCUGCGGGUGUUCAUCACACCCCGAGUGGCUGCCCUUUGCUAUGUGACCUUUGGUGCCCUGACCAUUUACACGGCAAUUUAUCUGAUAAUGGCGCUCUUUGGUGAUCUGACCCCCUGGCGAACGGCUACUCUGUGGAACCUGGUGGCCUUCAUCCUCUUUGUGGCCGUGACUGCACUGCUCUUCCGGGAUUGGUCCACCACCAAGGAUCGCAACUACUGGCACCCGAAUAUGCAUCGCUUGGAUCUCGUAAUGGCUUCCGCUUCGAUUGCCUUGGUGACUUCGCUGAUCUUCCUGCUGGACAUACUCAUUACCAUUCGUUUUGGCGUCCAUGGUGAUCUGGAAUGACAUGGUCGAUGACGAGAAGUUUGGCGGGAAAGAGUUGGUGUCCACAUGAUUCUCGCCUAGCGUGGACUGUAAUAUUUAUAGCUCCAGACUUAGAGUUAAGAACUCCCCGUUCACAUCCCCGUCUCCCAGCUAAUUGUAAUCCCCAAGAGAAAACAUCUGAAUUGCCAUCAUCAAAUCGAAAAUGUAAAAAAAAAAAAAAAAGAAACGAAGUCCGAGGAGGUUUUAAAGUUCUUAACGCAUCGGCUGCCCUGUUUUUGUUUUUCUUUUUUUAAGCCUAAAUACAUCGAGCAUCACGAACGUUUUAUCUAAUCCAAUUAAUAAGUAAGAUCCAAACACAAAAUAAAUUUUGUACGAGCGAAUAUUUUCACAAAUCGAA